AUGAAUACCACGCUGUUGUACUCCGAUACUGGCAUCGCAGCAAGAAGCGACUCGAGCCCCGGAUUCAAUUACGAGUUCCUCAUCUUCGUGGCCUUGUGCGGCGUCCUCUCCGUCUUCUUCCUCCUCUACUUCAACCGGGUCUUCGCAUCCAUCGUUUCCUACGGCAUCCGAGCAUGGACCUGGCACUGGUACCGCGUAUACAUCGAUGUGCGGGCCGUUCAAAUAUCCCUCCUUGGAGGCCGAAUCUUCUUCACUGGCUUACGAUAUCAUGGCGAAAACGAGGCAUUCAUGGUCCAACAUGGGUACAUCACCUGGCGAUAUUGGCUGCGACGAGUUCGCGAUGCAGACAUCAUCAACUCCCGCCAAUCAGCCACGGAUACCUCGGGAGCUAACAAGGAGAGGAAUGCGCAACUGCCAUCCCGUAUUCAAGUCGACUUGACUGGCUUGGAGUGGUUUGUGUACAAUCGCAGUCCAGCAUACGAUGGAGUCCUCCGUGGCCUUAAUGAGGAGCUUGACCCUGAGUCCCGCUCCAGUGGAACAUCGGAAAUGGACGGAACUGCAAUGAGGUCUCGUGGGUUCAAACGACCCAGGAACUCUGAAGCUGGGGCCGAGACGCAAGGCCAAGAGGGUCAAGGGUCGAACGAGAAGCAUGGCCCGGAUGCCCAUGGAAUGUUCAACUACCGGCGCUCUACCACCGGUUUUGGAAGCGCUGACGAUGACGAGCAACUCAAUGCCCCAUGCGAUGUCGAGUUACCAUUCAUGAUCCAGCUGCUUCCCUUCCACAUCGAAUGUCAUAAAGCUGCCGUUGUUAUGGGGAAUGAGAAUACCAAGGGCAUUCUCGUGGCUAGGGCCGAUUCAAUGUCGGUCGAUGUGGACGCCUCGGAGACGGAAACUGCUGACCCUUACCGACAAACCUUUAAAAUUAAAUUCAAACACCCCGUGGUUGAAAUGAAGGACAACGAAGAUUUCAAAGAAGACCAAGUCUGUCGAGCAACUCGCGACCGAGACAACACCGAAGAUCUGGAUGACAUACCUAAAAGAUCACUUUUCCGUUAUCACCGCCGCAGGGCCCUUAACUCACUCCGCAACCUGGUACCUUACUGGCGGCGAUCUGUGGAAUCCUUCUCAACCGACUCACGGAAUGGAAUGAACACUGCUGCUUCGCAAGUCCCUGGCGUCAGUCAGUGGCAAGGUUUGACCCGAUAUCUCGACGAUCUUGACCAAGAUGACCGGGCCCGAUGGGCAUCUGUUGAGUAUGCCGCCGUGUCAACCGUCCUGGACAGUCCCGAGGCGACCCUGACCGUGUACUGGGAUGUUGUGGGAAAGGUCACCCACCAACACCAUCAUCGGAAGGAUAGGGCAUUUCCCAUCAAUAUCAACGGCAGCGAGCCUCCUGCUUGGGGCAUGGAUUUCUCCAUAAAGGGUGGAACGAUGAACUAUGGUCCAUGGGCAGAUCGUCAGCGUGCAGAUUUGCAACGGUUUUUCUUCCCAAGCCUUUGCAAAGAUGUCACUCCAGCCCAACCAUUGGAGCUUGGAUCCUGGAGAGUUCCCACGCAGUUCAAGUUGUACGUCGAAAUGGACGAUGCCGCCACCCUGAGGGUUCCCAUUAGGGAGGAAUCCAAGAACUGGCGUUGGCGCGGCAAGGAGCCACAGAUGAAACACCAGAAGGUCCCCACGAAACGGAAGCAAAGACACCGAGCAAAGAAGGACAGCAAGGGCGAUGCAACUCAGUCGCGCCCUGCAGGUUGGUUGGAAGUGAAGAUCCCUUCAAAUUCCACGGUGAAAUUCAACAUGGAUAUGUUGGCCAGCUCAACGGGGUAUUCUACUCGCCUCGAUAUUAACUUGCCGAGUUCCGAGCUGUGGAGCAGUGUCAAUCAUGACCUGCUCUGGCGAUCUGGUGCUCAACGAAUAUCUUGUGACCUUUCUAACCCUAUUUCUUGGAAUGGGCUGAGGAAUUGGUACUUCAACAUCAUGAGCGACAAGAUGGAGCUGUUCAUCUUGCGAGACCAUAUCUUUCUCUUGACCGAUUUGGUGGACGACUGGACGAAUGGGCCACCAGCGGAGUAUCUCGUCUUCACACCAUUUAAGUACCACGUCAACCUCAAUCUGCAAUCCCUAAAACUGUACCUGAACGUCAACGAAGCCAACAUCAUCGACAAGGCAACAGUAAUAGAGGAGAACACGUACUUCAUUCUCUCUAGCCCUGCACUAAUCGCCGAACUAUGCAUCCCCAUCGACACCUUCCGACCCAGCAAGAACCAUAUUCCGUUUGAGGUGCGAGCUGAUUCACUAGAUCUCGCACUUCGGGUUCCAGAAUGGAAUACCCAGGCUGCCUUCCUCUCCUCUCGGGAUCUUGGUCAUGUUGAAGGCCUGGUUGUUGACGGAGGCUACCACUAUAACGCAACAACCUCCUCCGCAAACACUGAUACUCUGAUCCUGAAUGUUCGCGGACAAUCUCCCUACGCUUAUCUGUACGGGUUCUUUGUUCGAUAUGCUAUCCUGUUGAAGGACAAUUAUUUUGGUGAUUGUGUCCACUUCAAGACACUGAACGAGCAUCAAGAACAGCUGCAGUUGAAGCAAAGAAAUCCCGAAGCGGAGGACACUAACAAACCUCCUCACAAGAAGUCAAAUGAUAUGGACGUUAUCCUUAGUGUAAAGGUGGACGAUCUCAGGCUCAUGCUACCAACGAACCUCUACUCUGCCAAUCGCUUCGUUCAAGCCGAACUAGCAAGCAUUUCUGUAGACAUGCGGUUCACAAACUACUUCAUGGAGAUGGAAGUUGAGGUGAGCCCAGUGAGCCUGUCGCUAGGGAAUUCAGAAGGAGAGCUCGACUCCCCUGGAAUGUCUUCAUCCAGCACUCAACUCUUCAUCGACGGUGUGCGCCUCUUCGGACACAAGCUCUUUGGCCUCCCGCCGACGGAGCCUGCGUAUCUGUGUAAUUGGGAUGUCGGCGUGGGCGCUAUCAGCGGAGAAUGCACCGCUGAUUUCCUCGUUGCGCUUGUGAGGGGGGCGAAAGGCCUUGCAUUCUCAUUCGACGACAAUGAAAAUGCUCUGGUGCCCUACUCAUCCUUGAUUUUUUACGACAUCACCUUCGCACGGGUCAACGUUGACUCCGUUCGAGUUUGGCUUCAUGUGGACGAAGCAGCAUUCCUUCUGUCGACUGACGCCAUUGAUGUCAACUAUAAUGAUUGGGCCCGAUCGCACUACUCGAAACGCGCGAACAUCAACAUACCCAACAUCCAGGUUUCGUGUGUGAACGCCGAGUCAGCUGGACGACAGCAGAAGUCAAGAUACCAGCAUCCUGUAGACACAGAGGCUUACUUACGAACUGCCGUGCAUCUUGCAGUCGUUGGACGAAAGUUCCACUUUACCGACGAAAGAAAACUGCAGCAGGAGUUGGUGCAGCGAGAAGAUCAGAGAACACACCGCGUCGAGUUUCUUGUGCUACCUCAUUACCUCGAUGAGAUGAUCCCAGAGGCAGUAGAUCCUCCAGCUCAAUGUGCACCCCCGCCACCACACCCUGCCGUCGCUAUCGAAGGAGGUGCCGAAAGCGAGUCCUACAGAACAAUCGCCUCUCGUCGUUCACGAGGCCUAAGCCACAAGAGCUCAUUCCUCUCUCUUGCUCAGAGCCAACACCGGACUCGUUCCGGGUCAAAGCAGGGUGGCCACCUGGAUCCCAGGUCCGCCUCGGCAGAUAACCGGGCAUCACUGAGGCAGAGGGGAUCCCAGGGAUCGUUUGGGCAUAUGUCAGUUGGAGAAUAUGCCCUGCGGGAGAACCAAGCUCAUUCAUCUGUUGCCUUCUCGAGCCAGUACGUGGCACCUCACUUUCCACUUCAAGGCGUGCAACCAAGCACCCACGAAGUUCCGUUCCAAAGCAUUGAAGAAGGCGACGAAGAUGAAGUGUUCGACAUCGCGAAUGCUGAGCUUGAUGACAUUGACCCGAACUGUCUCAGUGAGGAUCAUACGUACAUGAGCGCCCUGAUCGAAUUUCCGUCUGGUAUAUCGGCUUUUGCGAACCCGAUGUCCAUUCGCUAUGCCGCCUCACUCCUGGAUGUACUGCAGCCGAACGAGCCUGACGAUUUACUGGAUGCUUUCCAAGUUGAUGCCAUGACACAAAUCUUUGACCUACAGAAAGAUCGUGGCACUGGAGGGAAGAUUAGAGAUAUCUUGGUUAGGGUGCCGAAGGCCAACUUCCGUCUUCUGAACUCAACGGCGUCUGAUCCAUCGGAGCCUUCCCAGGACGAGCAAGACCAAUAUGACGUGACAAUUUCGAAAGUGGCAUUGGUUACUCGCACCACUACCAAUUGGGAAGAUCCGUUCAAGCCGGAGACAUCAAAUGAUAGAACUUCCGUUCACCUACGAUUAGGAUCAGCGGAAGUGUCUGCCUCCGAGCGUCUAUCCUCUCUGCAAGAGCCCCAAGCCGCCGUCAUGGCCCAGAUCGACAACGUCGUUGUGUCAGUUGGCUCGAAGGACGUGAGAUACAUUGACGCCGAUAUUGGCUCGAUUGUUGGCAGCACAGCGUCUGGUAAGGUUGAGUACCUUGCUUCUCUGAUACAUCGCACAGGGACCAUUGCCACCGAUCUCAAAGAGUUACUUUCAGAGACCGUCACAAAACACGAAACCUGCCACAAAUACUUCACAUAUCGUCUGCUCGAAGAAGGACAAUCGACCAAAGACCCAUCGUUCUUGGUUCGCCCCUCUGCCGUACUUCGGUCGACGAAUGACCAUAUUCGGACAUUUGAUUCCUGGAAACUCGCAAUGCGGCUGCGUCAAAUCUGGACAUCCAUGGAUGUGCAAUCCCGGUACCACCUGAUCCAACAGUGUCGGAAUGGUGUCCCAACACUCCCAGAUGACGCAACUGAGUUUGUGGUUGAAGCCUUUGAGAGAUGGCGCGGCUGGGACCUGGAAGACUUGACCGAGGCUUUCCUACUUAAGGACAUCUUUGGCCAAAUCGGAGAUGCAACAACGAAGCCUGACGACCAUAUUCCAAUUCUCGGCGCUUGUAGACUUGGCGAAAUGCACUUAGUACUUGACCCAGGUCCGAAACAAAACAAGAUCGGUUUCGUCGACUUGGCUGCAAGAAUCGAUCAACAGGAGAUCAACCCUGCAGAAAAUUUGGCUUCUCCUGGAAACGCGGACAAGCCUCUUACUGUUGUCAACCUAUGCUGCAACGAGGCGGCAAUAAACCUGAACUGGGAGCUUUGUGAGCUAGCAGAGGACAUACUGCGGCUCUACAACAAGAGUCGAAGCCAACCCAAGCCGAGCCCGACGACAGUGGUUUCCAAGAGUCAUUCGAAGCCAAGUUCCAGUACCUUGCCCCCAAUCCACGUCGUACUCGAAGUGACUAGGGGUUCUAUUGAAGUCGAGACUAUCAACCUCAACUCGAAGACUCUCAGUCAUGGGCUGAAGGGGUCUCUUCUCUUGCAUGGUGGACAAGAGAGCUCGGAAUCCAUCAACUGCAUGAUGAACUGCAAUGCCGUAACAUCCACAAUGCAUAGCAAUUCUCAUCUCCUUGGCAUGUCGCAGCUUCUGGAACCCAGCAUGUUUUUGUCUCACGAGGUCCAAGAAACCGACGAAGCGUCUUGUCAUACUGUGAAAGCGACUGCUAGCAGCAAAAGCCUGACAUUUGCGAUCAAGGAAGAUCCCAUCGGACUCUUGGAGGUGGCCGACCUUCUGUUUCGCGACGAAAUCACUCAACUGUAUCGCCUCAAGAGUCAGUUGGUCACGUCGCCAAAGCCGAAGCCACGACGAGAACUAAAGAGAAUAUCGGAACGCCUUUCUAGCGUGAGGGUCAACAUUGCCAUGUUCCUGGAUCAAUACAGUAUCUCUGUUCCUUUCCUCCAGUCCUUGACCUACAAGAUUACUGGAACAGUUGCACGAGCCGCAGCUGCAGCGAACUUUGGAAAGGAAGUGAUUUUUGACUUUGAUGUCAAGGAAAAUUACCACGAGAUGCAAAUCAAUGUCAGAAACGAGCCUCGUAGCAUCUCGCUCCUGCAAAUUCCUCCAACGAAUGGCCGCAUCACAAGCCAUAUUGGCCAGACUGAGCAUUCAGUUACGGUUCUUUCAUCGCUUGAAGUUGUGCAGCUGGACGCUUCAGCAGUCUACAGUCUACUCACUGCGCUGAAUAAGCCGCAGAUAUCCAGUGCUAUUCAGGAGUUGCAACAGCAAACCAAGCUCAUCAAAGGUCACAUCUCUGACAUCUUUGGCUCAGACGGAACAGACACGCCCAAACAAGUAAUUCCAGCAACUGAGCCGAACCUGAAGCUCGUCUACAAUGUCCAUCUGACCCUGGCUGGCUUACAUGUAUUUGCCAACACAUCUUUGAAGUCGGACAUCGAGCCCCUUGCUCGUGUGCUCUUCUCUCUGGACAGAGCUCAUUUACAUGCCUCCAACAGGCACGAAGCGGAGGGGCCUAUUCUCAAGUAUCCCGAGCUACACUUGAAUCUUAGCCAGAUCGGCCUUGACAUUCGACGAGGCCACGAGGGCUCUAUGAGAUCGUGCGGAAGCCUUGGGGUGGGAGUUACCGUUUCCGCCAGUUCCAACAUGGGCGAUGAUGGGAGAGAAACUUGGUCCUUCAAUUUCAGCAGCGACGAUUUCGAGUGUAAGCUUGCUCCAGAAACCAUCUCGACCGUUGUCGACGUUCUUGGCUAUAUGGGCGAGAAGAUCAAGGACCUCGAUACCUCUCGCGAGCUGGACUACCUGCGAAAACUAAGACAGUCCAAGCCGAAGAUCACGAUCAACGGUGACGAGGAACUGCCAGAUGAUGCCGAUUUCAUCGACUCAGUAUUGGCAGCUGUGAAAUAUCAUUUCGAACUUCGAAACAUUCGAGUCUGCUGGAUCGUCGCAGACAGCCUUGAUGACCAGUCUAGUCGUAAGGAAGAUCUCGUCCUGUCUCUGAAGCUCUUUCAGUUCGGUACAAAGACCAGGCAUUCAGCUCGGUUGGCCAUUGAGAACUUCCAGAUCCAGAUGGUACCACCUGGCCAAGACAUGAGCCUCCGAUCCCUCCAUUCGGCCCUCCUUCCCGAAGUCAUCUUCAACAUUGCCUAUGUCUCUACUGCGGAGGCCCGCCGUAUGGCGUUCCAGGUUGUGGGCGAGUCUCUCGAUCUUCGCCUGACGUCAGGCUUCAUCGUGCCAGCUGCUCACCUCACCGAAUCGAUUUUGCUUUCGACGAAGAAUGUGCAGCAGGCAUCAACACAAUGGAACACUGUGGUGGCACCACCUGACAAGAAGCCAAGCCAGGCGGUCAAGAAAGAACCUCACCGAAGUACCUUUGGCAACAAGAGAUUGGAGAAUCUGCUUGUCGAUGCAGAUUUCGCGGGUGCUGUCGUUUACGUGUCAAGCAAGAGGGCUAUGGAUGACUCUGUGAAUUCAAGACAUGGACGCCCCUCCUUGGCUGGCAAAUAUGGCCAAUUCAACGCAGAUGAUUCUGGCAGUGGAGCCGUCCUGCGCAGUCCUGGGUUGGCUUGGAAGGUUGAGUAUCGAGAUAAUGGAGAAGAAGAUCCUUCGCUCUAUGGCGAGAUCAAGGUUGACGCAUCCAGCAACAUUCUCUAUCCAUCAGUCGUUCCGCUAGUGAUGGACAUGAUGUCAAGUGUGAAGGAGGUUGUCAAGGAUGACGAAGAAGCUGAGCCAUCCGAGCAGCCGGAGUCACCAAAGACCAAACCUGAAAAGUCUGGGGAUGAGGAUAACAUCCUUACCGCAGACCCAAGCGCCGUUCUGGGUCGCCUGAAGCUCAACUUGGGUCUGCGUAUAUGCAGACAAGAGUUCUCCCUCAGUUGCCAACCGAUCGCGCGCGUUGCUGCUACAACAUGCUUUGACAACAUCUACUUCACGGUCAAUACCGUGCGUUCCGUGGAGCAGGGCAACUUCUUCGCGAUUUCGGGAGCAUUUACCAAGCUGCACGCGUCCGUUCAGCAUGUGUACUCCAGGGAAUCGACCGCAAGCUUCGAGCUCGACUCUAUCACACUGUCUUUCAUGAACAGCAAGCACUUCAGUGGAACCAGUGGAGUGUCCGCCAUCAUCAACGUUAGCCCCAUGGUAGUAGCCAUCAACGCCAAGCAAGCGCAAGACUUCUUGCUCUUCCGAGAGAUUUGGUAUCCUAGCGAGCUACGUCAAGGGUCUUCAGCACCAGUGCCGAAACUCCAGCCUGAAACCUCGCAGGGUCAUUUGGUGCAGCGAUAUCAGCAGGUGGCAGCGACAGCUGCAUUCCCUUGGACGGCAACUAUAUCAAUUGCCGCUCUUGAUGUCACCAUCGACCUGGGACAAGCCAUUGGAAAGUCGGCAUUUGCGAUCAAUAACUUCUGGAUUUCCUCUAAGAAGACAUCAGACUGGGAGCAGAACCUCUGUCUCGGUUUCGAUAAGAUCGGGGUCGACUGCACGGGGCGGCUGAGUGGAUUUGUUGCAUUGCAAGAUUUCAGACUUCGAACCUCGAUUCAGUGGCCGAAACGAGAGGAGGCGUUGAACGAGACACCCUUGAUUCAGGCCUCGAUCGCCUUCAACGCAUUCCGAGUCAAGGCGGCCUUCGACUAUCAAGCCUUCUUGGUUGCCGACAUUACCUCGCUUGAGUUCUUGAUGUACAAUGUGCGCGAGAGCCAUGACGGUAGUGGAGAUCGACUGGUUGCAAUCUUUGACGGAGAAGCCGUCCAAGUCUUCGGUACGACGACGUCAGCAGCACAAGGUAUUGCCUUGUGGCAAGCCAUCAAGAAGCUGGUCCAAGAAAGAAAAGAGAGCUUCGAGACUUCCCUGAAAGAGAUUGAAAAGUUCAUGAAACGAAGGUCGGUUGCCUCUCGAACGGCGAUGCCCCAGGUUGUCCCAACGCCUAAGCUUCGUGAAGAGGACACCAUUUCCAAGUCUCCCAUCUCUCUAGACACAGAUGUUGUGGUUACGCUCAAGGCACUGAACCUGGGCGUGUUCCCAAGCACCUUCUCCGACCACCAGGUUUUCAAGGUGGAAGCCCUCAACGCAUACACUCGGUUUGCAGCUAGCUUGGAACAGCGACGCAUCCACAGCAUCCUCAAAAUGAUGCUGGGACAGCUUCGAAUUGGACUUGCGGGGGUGAGAAAUGUGGAGGCGCCGAAGACGCUGAGUGAGAUCUCGGUGGAGGACGUUGUUCAGCGGGCAACUGGAUCCCGCGGCGGAACGAUCCUCAACGUCCCGCAGGUAUCAGCAGUCAUGGAGACGUGGCAAAAACCGCAGGACAACCAAAUCGACUACAUCUUCAAGAGUGCGUUUGAAGGCAAGGUGGAAGUUGGCUGGAACUUCUCACGAGUCAGCUACAUCCGUGGCAUGUUUGCCAACCACUCCAAGGCGCUGGAGCAGAUUUGGGGCAAGGAGCUGCCGCUGACAGCAGUCAAGAUCACGGGAGUGCCUGGGACGGAGGCGGAGCAGCGGGAAGGCGAACAGCAGAAGAUUACGGCCGAGGUGAAUGUGCCGCAGUCCAAGUACGACUACGUCGCGUUGGAGGCGCCCGUCAUCGAGACGCCGCAGUUGCGUGACAUGGGAGAGGCAACGCCACCGCUGGAAUGGAUCGGACUGCACCGCGAUAGGUUGCCUAACCUGACGCAUCAAAUUGUGAUUGUGUCACUGUUGGAGUUGGUCGGCGAGGUGGAGGAUGCAUAUUCUUCGAUCUUGGGAUCGUCGUGA